CAUUUUAAAAUUGUUAACUCGGAGUGUAUACAUAUUAGUUUAUACAAGACAUUGAAUAGAUUUACAAUAGUCUGGUUUUAUACGUAUUUCAUCUAAUAAAUUAAAAUGAAUGCUGUACAAUUUGCUGUUAUUAGAACAUUAAUCCUUGUUUUAUUUUUAACAUCAACUUGCCUUUCAAAUGAACAAUCACAACAAAAAGGUCCUGGAAUAUCGGCGUGUAAUUAUUAUGCUUCAAGCAAUGGAUCAAUAUUACCAGUUAGUAAACUACCACAAGAGUGCACAUCUUUUGUUUGGGACGGGUUGUUUGCAGAUGUUAGGAACAAUGUCCAAUAUGGGUUCGAAGAUGCAUCAAAGGCAAAUGAAGUGGAUCUACUUUUAAAAAGUAGUAAACCCGUGUACGUGUAUUAUGGGUAUACAAAUAUGGAAAUUUGGACUUACGUUCUCGGGUGUGGCGAUUGUGAUGGAUAUAUAGCCAUUCGUGAGUCAAUGAAAGGGUUAAAGGCUUAUAUGAAUGUUCAUCCGGGAAUUAAAGGAUUAAUUCUUUGUCAAUUUGAGCCAGAUGAAAAUUCAAAACCAUUCCCUAAAUAUACCGAAAAACUAAAGACAUACAUUAAUAUAAUGAAGGAAUCAUUUCCGAACUUGGAAGUUGGCAUUGUCUUUUAUGGAAAUACCAUAACAGACUACUAUGCAGAUCCGAAAAUUGAGUGGUUGGACAUCAAAGUUUUAAGAGAAGUAGUGGAUUUCUUUUCAAUUAGUAUACUCAGGUUCAAUAACUGUUCACUUAACUCCAGAAUCAACAGCAUUACUCCAGUAGAUGGAAAUGGAAAAUACACAUUGACUAAACUAAAUCAAGUAUUAAAGAAACAUGGCUUUCCAUCAAGAAAAUUAUAUUUCUCUACUAAUUUAUAUCCCACAAACACGGAAACAAGUUUUAUGCCAUGGAAUACAACAUAUCAACAGAUUUGUACCAAUUCAAGUGCAGCACGUAAUUUAUGUAAAGACAAUACAUUAUCAUUUUACCAAAAAGGACAAUUUUUCAGGAAAAAUGGAUGUGGUUUUAUUGCGGCGUAUGUCGAUUAUGCUGAUCCUCUUGGUAAAUGUGGAUGUGGUCGUCCGUUUGCUCCAUUUUAUGACAUUUUAGAUGGUUUCAAAGGUAUAAAGGCUCCAGAUCCUUGUCCAAGAAUGGACGGUUAAUAGCUUCAAAAUUGAAUUUGUUAAAGAUUUAUUAUAAGUGUAUGUACUAUUCGUUGGUAAUUAAUAUAGAAAUAAAACAUAUUGCUUAUAUUUAAAAAUAAAUAAAAUAUUAACUAUUUAA